AUUCACAAGAUGAUGAUGAUGCCAGACAUUCGUCUACAUAUUUUUCUCUAAAUUCAGGAAAUUCGGUGUCGCUUCGCUGACCUUUUCCAGUUUUCAUCUCAUUCAUUUUCAACCAGGAUCAUCGCUGCGAAAGUCUCUCCACCGGUGGUCGGCUCACUUUUCUGUAAAGCAAAUUAGAUCAGUUCAUUUUUUUUUGUUUUUAAAUAAAAAUCUCAGCUCUCAUCAUUUAAUGGGAGGCUUCAGGCUUGUGUAUACUUUUGUAUUAGAAAGUCAUUUUGGAGAACACUAUAUUUUGUGGUCCAUCGACUGGAAUUUCAAAUUUGGAUCGGAUAAGCUUCAGUUCUUGCUCUGGGUGGACUGUUUAGUAAUGGAGAGUUUAGCACAAUUAGAGACAUUGUGCGAGAGGCUGUACACUUCCCAGGACUCGUCUGAACGAGCGCAUGUUGAGAAUACUCUUAAAUGCUUUUCUGAGAAUAUAGAUUACAUUUCACAAUGCCAGUUUAUUCUGGACAAUGCAUCGUCUCCUUAUACAUUGAUGCUGGCUAGUUCAAGCCUCUUGAAGCAAGUCAAUGAAAAUAAUCUCUCGUUGCAGUUCCGCCUUGACCUCUGGAACUAUCUCAUAAACUAUCUGGCAAACAAAGGCCCUGAAUUGCAGCCUUUUGUGAUUGGAUCUCUCAUUCAACUCUUAUGCCGAAUUACCAAGCUUGGGUGGUUUGGUAAAGAUAGAUUUAGAGAACUUGUUACUGAAUCAAUUAAGUUUAUGACCCAGGCAACAUCCGAUCAUUAUGCUAUUGGCCUAAAGAUCUUGAAUCAGCUUGUUUGUGAGAUGAAUCAGCAAAAUCAAGGGGUAACUUCAACCCAUCAUCAUAGGGUGGCCGGCUCCUUCCGGGAUCAGUCUCUGUUACAAGUUUUUCGGAUAUCUUUAACUUCAUUGCACCAGCUAAAAAAUGAUGCCAUCAGCCGAUUGCAGGAAUUGGCACUAUCUCUUUCACUGAAGUGUUUAGCUUAUGAUUUUAUUGGAACAUCUAUUGAUGAAAGUUCUGACGAGUUUGGGUGUCUCCAGGUUUCAUCUUCAUGGAAAUCAGUUUUAGAGGAACCUUCAACUCUGCAGAUCUUUUUCGAUUACUAUGCUCUUGCAAAGGCAUCUGUUUCCAAGGAGGCAUUGGAGUGUUUGGUGCGCCUGGCUUCUGUAAGACGCUCUGUUUUCACAAAUGAUGCGGCACGCACAAAUUUUUUGGCUCAUCUCAUGACAGGAUCCAAAGAGAUUUUACGAACUGGCCUAGGUCUAAGUGAUCACAAGAAUUACCAUGAAUUUUGUCGUCUUCUUGGACGCUUCCGAAUAAGCUAUCAGCUAUCGGAGCUAGUCAAUGUGGAAGGAUAUGGUGAAUGGAUACACUUUGUGGCUGAAUUCACAUUCAAGUCGUUACACUCUUGGCAGUGGUCUAGCAGCAGUGUCUAUUACCUUUUGGGUAUGUGGUCUAAAUUGGCAGUUUCAGCACCAUACCUGAAGGGAAAUGCACCAAGCUUGCUUGAUGAAUUUGUUCCAAAAAUUGUUGAAGGAUUUAUUACUUCAAGAUUUGAUUCUGUGGAGGCUGCUCUUCCUGAUGGUCCUUCAGAAAACCUGUUGGAGAACACUGAGCUUCUUCAUGACCAACUUGAUUGCUUUCCACAACUUUGUAGAUUUCAGUAUGAAAGAUGCAGCCUAUUUAUAAUAAAUAUUGUGGAGCCCAUACUGCAGGCGUACUCGGAAAGAUCUCGACUUCAGACCGGCUGCAGUAACAUUGAGCUGUCCGUUACUGAAGACAAACUUGCUUGGGCUGUUAAUAUUAUUGCUGCUAUUGUGAAGAUAAGACAGUGCACCAGUUGCAGUGCCGCUGUCCAAGAAGUAAUUGAUGCAGAACUCUCAGCCCGUGUUUUACGUCUAGUGAAUGUGACAGAUAGUGGGUUACAUAGUCAGAGAUAUGGUGAAGCAAGCAAGCAAAGGCUUGAUAAGGCAAUUCUCAUCUUUUUUGAGAACUUCAGAAAGUCUUAUGUGGGUGAUCAGGCUAUACAUUCUUCAAAGCAGUUGUAUGCCCGAUUGGCUGAACUUCUUGGACUGCAUGAUCAUCUUUUGUUAUUAGAUUUCUGUAUCCAAAAAGUUGCAACGAACCUCAGGUGUUAUACUGAGAGUGAAGAACUUAUUGAUCAUACUUUGAACCUGUUUCAAGAGUUAGCAUCUGGUUACAUGACCCAAAAGUUACUUCUCCAAUUGGAUUCCGUCAAGUUUAUAAUUGCACACCAUACGAAAGAACAUUUCCCAUUCCUAGAAAAGCAUGCACGCUCUCGCAGUAGAACAACAUUUUACCACAUUAUAGGAUGGCUAAUCUUUGUAGAGGGUAGUUCUAUGAAAUUCAAAAUGACAAUGGAUCCUCUUCUCCAGGUUUUCCUUACUUUGGAGUCAGUGCAGGACACAAUGUUUCGUACCGAUACAGUGAAGUACGCUUUGAUUGGACUUAUGCGGGACAUUCGUGGGAUUGCUAUGGCUACUUAUAAUCAUAGGGCUUAUUGUCAACUUUUUGACUGGAUAUAUCCUGCACGCAUGCCUGUUCUAUUAAAGGGAAUCUCACAAUGGGCUGAUACUCCAGAGGUCACUACACCAUUGUUGAAGUUUUUGGCUGAGUUCGUGUUAAACAAAGCUCAACGAUUAACUUUUGACUCUUCUUCCCCAAAAGGCAUACUUCUUUUUAGGGAAGUUAGCAAAUUGCUUGUUGCAUAUGGAUCAAGAAUCUUGUCAAUUCCAAACCCUUCCGAUAUGUAUGCCUACAAAUACAAGGGAAUAUUGAUUUCUUUAACUAUUCUUUCACGAGCUCUUGCUGGGAAUUAUGUAAACUUUGGUGUGUUUGAACUCUACGGAGAUAGAGCACUUGCAGACGCACUGGACAUCACCCUGAAGAUGACACUGUCAGUUCCAUUGGCUGAUAUUUUUGCAUACACAAAGCUCACAAGGGCGUACUUUUCCUUUUUGGAAGUUCUUUUCAACAGGAAUAUUGCUUUUGUACUUAGCCUUGAUACAAAAACGUUUGUGCACAUUGUUGGUUUGUUGGAAUCUGGUUUAAAAGCACUGGAUGCUCGUGUACCCACUCAGUGUGCAUCCGCAUUCGACAAUCUAGCUUCAUUCUACUUCAACAGCAUCACAAUGGAGGAAGCACCCACUUCACCUGCUGCUGUUAGUCUUGCUAGACAUGUAGCAGAGUCUCCCAAUUUAUUUCCUCAAAUUCUAAAAACGUUCUUCGAGAUUUUUCUUUUUGAAGACAAUGGCAACCAAUUGAAUUUUAGCAAACCAAUGCUAGGAUUGGUGCUUAUCUGUCAACAGAUAUUCAGUGAUAUAAAAGCUCAAGUUCUAGCUUCUCAGCCAGUUUAUCAGCACGAGCACCUCUCUUUAUGUUUCGACAAGUUAAUGAUGAAUGUCACGAAUUGCUUGGAUACAAAAAAUCGCGACAAAUUCACCCAGAAUUUGACAAUAUUCAGGCAGGAGUUUCGGGCUAAAUAGGCUUCCGCGUUUUUUCAUAGCUAGUUAAUGUUGUUUUUUUGGAGGCAAGUGAAUUAUUUGAACUUCUUUCCUUGAUGGGUUUUAUAUCAGCAUUUUUCAUUGUCUUUUUUUUAUAUUAGUUUUUUAUUUUAUUUUUUUGGGUCACAAUGUAUAGUCACUGUGAGGCACCAAAGGUAUCUUCUCUGCUGGCUCAACUUUGUGAUACUGGUGUUGUACAUAUUAUAGCACUCUUAAUAGUGAGGGAAAAAAAUCAUUACCAAUCUCUAAACACUUUUUUCUCAUCCACAUCAUUAUUUUGGGAACUUUUUUUUCCCAAUGCACAUCAAAUAAACCACAAUUGAUUAACCAAGCACAAUUGAUUAACCAAGCACACAAAAUCAGCAGCACAUCAAAUAAACCACAAUCAAAUAUGAAGAAUAAAGAUGCAAACGACACACGAUUUUUAUACGUGGAAAACCCCUUCGAUGUGAAGGAUAAAAACCACGGGACUUAUAGGGAGUCCGCCCUCUUCUUCUCUUAUUAUGCAAAUUGAGGGUAAAAACACCCAAACUCAGUCUACAAGGAUGUCACAGCCCACCAACAACAACAUACAUAAGAGGCACCAACAAUAGAGAAGGAAAAUCAGGAUUAUCACCCAAAAACGCAGCGUCGCACCAGCUGCGAUUACAGAAGAUCCGUAGCUCCGAUUGAAGUGAAAAUUGAACAGAUUGAAGCCCUAAGUGUUGGGAACAACCUCUGAAAAUUUCAGCUCAAUCCAACGGUCGGAUCUCCGGAGAUGAUCGAAUUUGUGCGGCUGGUCUGUAAAUUCUGCACCAGCACCUUUCCUCUCUCUAUUCUGUUUUUUUUUCUUUUCUGCUCUGUCCGUAAGU